UCUAACAUUAAAACCAGAGAAUAAAAAUACCGAUUCAAAACACACCACUGUUUUGUUUGGCGAUGUUAGGGACCUUCACAUAGCCUAUGGAAAUAUUAUAGAUGCAAUUUGAUCCAUUGCGCUGUUUCUGGUAGAUUAGGGCUCUUCAGAGAGGUUAUAAUGCUGCUGGCUCAGAUAAAUCAGUCAGCAGAUUUCCAGCAUGAGGGAGAUGCUCAGGAAGUCACGCUCUGCUUAACCGAGACUGUGGGGAUUGCAGAUUGUGAUCAGGGCAUGGACACGGUCAGUCUGCAGGCUGUGACUUUAGCAGAUGGGUCCACUGCAUAUAUACCUCACAACACUCAAGACAGCAAUAUAGUUGAAGGACAGGUGAUCCAGUUAGAAGAUGGGUCUUCUGCUUAUGUGCAACACAUUGCUGUUCCAAAAGCAGAUGAGUCAAAUAACUGGACGGGCUCAUCUGUGUGUGAUGUUGUUGGUAAUGAGAGCUUAAGACUGGAGGAUGCUCAGACAGUGCAGCUGGAGGAUGGAACUACUGCUUACAUCCACCACACUGGGAAAGCAUUGGCAGAUACAUAUGAACCCAAUACCCUGCAGGCGGUGCAGUUAGAGGACGGCUCUACCGCUUACAUUCAUCAUGCUGUUCAGAUGUCACAACCAAACACCAUUCUAGCCAUCCAGACGAAUGGCACAGUAGCAGAUCUGCACACAGAUGCAGCCAUUGACCAAGAAACAAUCAAUGCUUUGGAGCAGUACACAACCAAGAUUGAAGAAAUUGACUCUUACGCAGACUCUGAGCUGAUCACCAGUGAUCCUCACAGUGUUGUGGAGAUGCAGAUCGUUCUUCAGGGUCAAGGAAUUCGUCGUAAUGCGCAGCAGCCGGGAGAGAAAUGUUUUCGGUGUAAUUAUGACGGAUGUGGAAAGCUUUACACCACUGCAAAUCAUCUUAAGGUACAUGAAAGAGUGCAUACUGGUGACAAGCCAUACUGUUGUGACUUACCCGGCUGUGGAAAAAGGUUUGCAACAGGUUAUGGUUUGAAAAGUCACAUCAGGACGCACACUGGAGAAAAACCUUACCGCUGUCAGGAGAUGGACUGUAAGAAAUCUUUCAAGACCUCAGGGGACCUUCAAAAGCACACCAGAAUUCACACGGGAGAGAAACCGUUUCUAUGUCCAUUCCCGGGCUGUGGACGAUCCUUUACUACCUCAAACAUCUGUAAGGUGCACGUCCGCACACACACAGGAGAGAAACCGUAUCACUGCACAGAGCCAGGCUGCAAUCGGGCCUUUGCCAGCGCAACAAAUUACAAGAACCACAUACGGAUCCAUACAGGAGAGAGGCCGUAUGUUUGCACAGUUCCUGGUUGUGACAAGCGAUUCACUGAGUACUCAAGUCUAUACAAACAUAAUGUAGUGCACACUCCCUGCAAACCCUACAAGUGCAACCACUGUGGAAAGAUGUACAAGCAGAUUUCCACACUAGUCAUUCACAAACGUACAGCGCACAAUGACUCUGAGCCUAUAGAGGAGGAGUCAGAGGGCUACUUUGAACCCCCUUCAGAGGCUAUAGAUGACCCCUCCCUGACUGUAAGCCCUGUGAAAUGUGAGGACACUUGUCCAGAGAUGGAUUCGGAAAUCUCUGAUGUCACGGAGCAACAGCAUGUAACGCUCAUCACGCAAGAUGGAGCAUCACAGGCUAUUGGAAGUGUAAUCACAAUGUUAACACAAGAUGGCAGUGUGAUCACCAUCCCACCCACUGAGUCUUUGCUAUCAUCAGCUGAGGCUCAUUCAGUGACUGUGGUCUCAGAGGACGGCACUGAAGGACAGAUGACUGCUAUGAUGCCAGAAUUUACAUCUUCCAGGAACAUACAGGAUGAGUUUUCAGCGCAUCCAAUUACACUUCUGGCUACUUCUAAUGGCACACAGAUUGCUGUUCAGCUCAAUGAACAAACUUCACUGGAAGAGGCUCUGAGAAUAGCGUCAUCAUUGCAGGGAAGUGAAACAACAGAAAUGAGCAAUUAAGUACCUUCGACCUUCAGAUGGGACUCAGUAUGCAGUGUGACUAGUGACUACAUGAACAAAUGAUGAACUUUUGUAAUUACUCUUUCGCCACAAUUGUACAGAAGUCCAGCUGUGCACUAUGAUAGCAUUUCUAACAGAUUUUGUCAGAUAUCUGUUUGCAUUUUUUAAAUAAAGAGAGAUGAGAGGGA